AAUACCACCAAAACGAGGGUUAGGGUCACGAAUCUUGUGAAGAGAUCGCAAUUCCGGUUCCGCAUCCGAGCCCUCAAUGCUGUGGGAGAGUCGGAGCCAUUGAUAUCCGAUUGGGUCAACACCACCGGUGAUAAGAAUGACUGCUCUCAACGGCAAUUGUACGGAAUGGUAGACGUGUCUAAUAUGACAGACACGGGACUGGAGUUGCAGUGGACAGCCUUUAAUGGCACCGCCACUAAACCCAUUAUUUAUAUCGUUGAGAACCGUAAUACGAGCACCGGUAGGUGGGAUACCUUUGGCAAUACCACUGAUAAUAACUAUUCGGUGGAGGAUUUGCAGUGUUUGACAGAAUAUAGUUUCCGAGUGAAGGCAUACGACGGAAAGUGCAAAACAUUGGAGCCCAAAGUCUAUAUCAACGGCAAAGACAUUGAUUACGGAAACCAAUUCCGGUUCAUAAUCACUGCCAGCAAUUCGUACGGCGUUUCCGAGCCUUACACCACAUUUUGGUUAUCGGCGGCGCAGUUGAAUCUAUCAUCUGUAUCUGUUCCCACAGCACCUACCGGUCCACUGACUAUCAAUCACACGCCCACCAAAACUAUACUCUCGGCUAAACCCCCGGCCAGUAAUGGCCGUAAACCCAUUAUUGGCUACUCGUUUGAAAAGUUUGACAAACUCACAGACGUCUGGAUCAUUGUGUCAGUAGUGGAGUGUCAUGUGCCGGACGACCCCCUCUGUGCCCAAACCACAAUCGACGCCACGCCUCCCGACACUGUAUUCCGUGUGAAAGCCAUGAAUGAAAAGGGUUUAUCACCUGCACUGGACCAGUCCCAGGGCGAACCCUCACCGCCCUCACCGCCCAUUGGUGUCAAAGUGGUCAACAAUAUAGGGAGCGCUGUGUUGGAGUGGUCGUCCCCUCCCGACCCCGUCAACUCUCCCAUCACUAACUAUGUGGUUGAGUCGCAGGAGUACCCGAGCGGGCCGUGGGUUAACGCCACCCAAACACCCGAUGCCGAACCCAAAACGGAGUACCCGAGCGGGCCGUGGGUUAACGCCACCCAAACACCCGAUGCCGAACCCAAAACGGUUUUGGGUGACUUGAAAACCAAUCAAAUUUAUCGGUUUAGGGUUAGGGCUGUGAAUAGUGGGUCUUUGAGUGAGCCCUCACUGCCGACACAAAUGACAGUCAUAUUACCGGUAACUACCGGUCCGUCCAUUGAUAAGUCGAAGAUCAAAAACAUAACCACAGAUCCCGGAGCGCCCGUAAAACUAGAAAUACCGAUCAGAGGGGAAGUUAAGGCCCAAAUCCAAUGGAAAUUCAAUGGACAGCCAACCGACGGGAAAGGGAUGAAUGCUAUACUCAUAUCAGAUGGGAAUAAAGCCAUUUUAGACAUAACUUCAAUCGACAAACAACAUGUGGGCACCUAUACUCUCGUUGCCGUUAACUCUGGGGGCACCGACGAGAUCUCAUUCACCAUAACCCUCCGCCCACCUAUUUCUGUUACGCCGGCACCGGAAGGUCCGUUAGUAGUCACACCUAACGGUCCGAUGAACACCCUAACCUGUAAACCUCUGGGUCCCAUCGAGAGGUUUAAUGUCACUAAAAAUCCGCUACAGGGUCAAGUUAUAAUCCUAUGGAAAGCACCGGUAGAUGAAUGCGAAAGUCCUGUCAAUUACACCAUUGAGAAGCAAUACAAGGGAAAGGAGUCUAUAUGGCAGAAAGUGGGACAGACAGCCAAAACGAUAGUUAAGGUUAAGAAUCUGGACGCAGACACCACA